AUGUACUGUUUACAUUGUGCAAUGACUGGACAAAUAGUCUCCCACAUAAUCAGGAUCAGCAAAGUAAAUGCUCGAGAGUUGAGACCAACAAAGAGACGCCAACUUAAAGGAAUGGCGCAUUUAGAGACGUUGCCCAACAACAGUUUGACAACUACAUACAAAAACCUAAUUUGUCAAGAUGAUUUAAGGUCAGACGGAAAUCCUCUCUUUGAAGACCAAGUACCAGCGUCUUUGUUCGCAGUGGCAGCUGAGGCGAGUACACAUCGUUGUAGGCUGGUUGCAGGAUGUCUGGGACUACUUAGUGUUUUCCUUAUGGCAGCUGAUAUUGCUCUUGGAGUCCACUAUCACAACAUCAGAAAUAAAGAACUCUCACUUAAACACCAAUUAACACAAGUAAGUAGUGAGCUGGAUCAAAUCCGUAGCAACAUGCAAGCCAAGGACGAGACACAAUUUUCCCUAGCAAUGGCACUUCGUAGACAGAGUGAAGUUUCAGUGAUGCGAGAGUAUCAAGAACAACAGAUGAGGGACUUUGAGAACAGGAUCCAAGCCCUUCAGGAGGAGCAAAUAAACAUGAAGUCUCGCAUCUCUCAACUUGAAGUGAGUUGUGCACGGUGUAUGCCAGGGUGGACACUUCUGAACUCCACAUGCUACUAUUUCCCUUUCUCGGACACCAUUCCCCGGAAAGGAUGGAAAGAAAGUAAAGACACCUGCGUUGCGAAAGGAGGAGACCUGGCAGUGGUAGAUAGCUGGCAGAAGCAGGAGGAGAUAAGUAAGUUGAUAUUGGCAAAGUACACUGACACACCGAUACGUCUCAGUGGAUUCUGGAUUGGACUUUCUGAUAUUAGUUCAGAGGGGAACUGGACAUGGCAGAAUGGAGUGAAGAUGACUCAGGGGUAUUGGGAAGAUGGAGAACCGAAUGACUACUAUGAGUCAGAGGACUGUGUUGCCGUCUACCCCUGGAGUAACUUUAGCAAGAACUGGAAUGAUGCCCCAUGUACACAUCCACUGAAAUGGAUAUGUGAAAAGGCUCGCUAAUCUGAAAAAGUAUUGUUUUGGCAAUUUUUCAUUGUUUAUAAGUGUCAUUGACAUGAUGGAACUAAGAAGAUAAACUCAAAAAUAAAAGCAUAGAUUAA